AUGGAUCACAGACCGCAAGCUUGGGGCCGGCCUAGAGACGACGUCUACGGAGCCUACAAUGCCUCCUACAUGAACCCCAACGGCCCCAACCAAGCGACACAAGCCCCCAUCGUCACGGGCACAUCAGUCAUUGCUAUCAAGUUCAAAGAGGGUGUCGUCAUCGCCGCCGAUAACUUGGCAUCCUACGGCUCCCUUGCUCGAUUCACCGAUGUCAAGCGUCUGCGCAAGUUUGCCGACUCUACCGUUGUCGGUUUUGGCGGCGACGUCUCCGACAUGCAGUUCCUCGACCGCCACCUCCAGUCCCUCGAUAUUGAGGAGUCCUACGACCUGUCCACCGAUCAAGCGCCCCGCCUCAACGCUGCAAACCUGCACAAGUACCUCUCCAAGCUGAUGUACAAGCGCCGUUCCGACUUCGACCCCCUCUGGAACCAUCUCCUCGUCGCCGGCUUGGACGACGCAGGCAAGCCGUUCCUUGCCGCGGCCGACCUCCUCGGCACCACAUUCACCUCCCCCUCAUUGGCCACCGGUUUCGGUUCUGCUCUGGCACAGCCCAUCAUGCGCCGCUAUGUCCCCGACGAUGAGGCAGCUGCCAAUCUGACCAAGGAGAAGGCCAUCGAGGUUAUCAAGGAAUGCAUGAAGGUGCUCUUCUAUCGUGACGCCCGCAGUUUGGAUUCGUACUCCAUUGCCGUUGUCACCAAGGAUGGUGUUGACCUCAAGGAGAACGAGAAGCUGGAGAAGCAGAGCUGGAAGUUCGCGGAACGGAUCCGUGGCUACGGCACGCAGGUUGUUUAA